AUGGCGGGUCUGAGCAUCAACUCCCAAUACUCGAUGCCAUCGGGCUACAUGAUUCCUGUGCUCGGCUACGGCGUGUAUCAGACGCCUGCAGACAUUGCUGCAGAUGUGGUUCACCAUGCGCUCAAAGUCGGCUAUCGCCAUGUCGACUCGGCAGUAGCCUACAAGAACGAAGCCCCUUCUGCGCAGGGAAUGAAGCAGUCUGGAAUUCCAAGGGCGGAGCUGUUCUUCACGACAAAGAUCCCACCAAAGGAAAUGUCAUACGACACGGCGAAAAAGCACAUUGAAAAUACGUUGCAGAUUACUGGGUUUGAUUACGUCGAUCUUUACCUACUACACAGCCCAUACGGUGGCAAGGAAAACCGAAUAGGCGCAUGGAAAGCGCUGGUUGAGGGUGUACAAGCUGGCAAGAUACGCUCCAUCGGCGUGUCCAACUACGGCGUGCAUCAUCUGGAUGAGCUUGAGGCCUGGAUCAAGGAGACGGAGGAAAAGGAGGGUAAAGGAAAGGGUGGUGUGAUUAGCGUCAACCAGAUCGAACUCCACCCUUGGCUUGCACGCCCUGAUAUUGUCGAGUGGUGCAAAAAGCGAGGCGUCUUGUGCGAAGCAUAUUCACCGCUCGUGCGGACUACAAAGAACGACGAUCCGCUGAUAAAGUCGCUUGCGCAAAAGUACAACAAGACACCUUCGCAGGUCUUGCUGAGAUGGAGCUUGCAGAUGGGCUUUGUGCCGCUUCCCAAGUCUGUUACCAAGUCGAGAAUCGAGGAGAAUACCCAGCUUUUUGACUUUGAGCUCACGCACGAGGACAUGAAGAGUCUAGACCUAGGAGUAUAUGAGCCUUGCGCCUGGGAUCCUACCGUCAGUCACGAUUAA